CAGAAGCAUUAGACGUCGACGAAAGUAUAAAAAAAACAACACAUAUAUAUACAACGAAUAGAUAUAGAGAGAGAAAGAAAGAAAGGAACCCAUCUGGCAAAAUCAUUCCUUUUGAAGAUCUUGAUCGACAAAAAAAGAGGAGUGCGUGUUCUUGAUGCUGUGUGUAACUGGUGUCUUCAUUGAUUUCAGCAAAGUAAAAAAGAAAUAUUAUAGAGAUGCAAAAAAAGAGAUGGAGGAAGUUAGGGUUAAUGCGGCGACUGCUAACGUGCGCAAUAGCUUCAAUUUCAUUGGUGGCUUUGCUUUCUGCUCAUUUGCAUCUGUUCUUCCCUCCUUCACAAGUUUCUAUGCUUCCUGAUCCUUACAAGCUCCCAACGCAACAUGAAAUUCGAUACCAAAAGUUGAGCAAAGAGCGAAGCUGGAUUCAACCCCAUUUCUCAAAAGCUCCUCUCCCUGCUCUCAAGUUGGAUGGUGCCAACAGCUCAUUGGAUUCCCACAAGUUAUGGAAGCCUCCACCUAAUCGUGACUUUGCCCCUUGUGUUGAUCCAAGUUCAUCUUAUAUAGUUCCACAAGAAACUCGAGGCUACUUGCUUGUUCAUACAAAUGGUGGGCUCAAUCAAAUGCGUGCUGGGAUAUGUGAUAUGGUAGCAGUUGCACGUAUUAUAAAUGCAACUCUUGUGGUACCAGAGCUUGAUAAACGCUCAUUUUGGCAGGACACAAGCAACUUCUCGGAUGUAUUUGAUGAAGAUUAUUUCAUUACUUCAUUGGCUGAUGAUGUGAAAAUAAUCAGAAAGCUUCCAAAAGAAUUGAUGAGUGCUACUAGAGCUGUGAAGCACUUUAGAAGCUGGUCUGGGAUUGAUUACUAUGAGCAAGAAAUAGCAAGCUUGUGGGAUGAUUAUCAGGUUAUUCGGGCAGCUAAAUCUGAUUCAAGACUAGCCAAUAAUAACCUUCCACCUGAUAUUCAGAAGCUACGUUGUCGUGCAUGUUACAAAGCCCUACGUUUUUCACCUCGUAUAGAAGCAAUGGGAAAAUUGUUGGUGGAUAGGAUGCGGGCUUAUGGACCUUACAUUGCAUUGCAUUUGAGAUACGAAAAGGACAUGCUUGCUUUUAGUGGAUGCACACAUGAUUUAUCCAUUGAAGAAGCUAAUGAGCUUACUUCCAUUAGAGAAAAUACAUCGUAUUGGAAAGUGAAAGACAUUGAUUCAAUGGAACAAAGAGCAAAAGGGUAUUGUCCAUUGACUCCAAAAGAAGUUGGAAUCUUUCUAAGAGCCCUUGGAUUCCCUUCAACAACUCCUAUAUACAUUGCAGCUGGAGAAAUCUAUGGUGGGGAUUCGCGUAUGGAGGCUCUUCAAUCUCGCUUUCCCACGUUAAUGAGAAAGGAAAAAUUGGCGAGUGUUGAGGAGCUUGAUCCGUUUAUUGAGCAUGCAUCUCAAAUGGCAGCUUUGGAUUAUAUUGUUUCAGUGGAGAGUGAUAUUUUUAUUCCCUCUUAUUCUGGGAACAUGGCAAGGGCAGUUGAAGGUCAUAGGCGGUUUUUAGGCCACAGAAAAACUAUUUCUCCUGACAGAAAACUCCUUGUUCGUAUUUUUGACAAAAUUAGUAAUGGCACAAUGAAAGAAGGCAAGAAACUUUCGAGCCGGAUAAUUGAGAUCCACAAAAGACGGCAAGGGUCACCACGGAAGAGAAAAGGUCCAAUCACAGGGACAAAAGGAACGGAUAGAUUUCGUUCAGAAGAGGCCUUUUAUGUCAACCCUUUGCCUGACUGCUUGUGUCAAAUGGAGUCAAUGGAUUCAACAGAGAAUGAAAUCAUCAAAAAGUCGUAAACAUAAGCUCUUGUUGUUUUUGAGAAGCAUACUUUUUGGGUAAAAUCACAGGCAUUGUAGAUAGGUUUUUAGAUGAAAACUGGUGAGAGGGGAGCAACAAAAGUAUGAGAUUUGUGGAGAUGGUUUAUUGGGUGGGAGAAAGAAAAGAAAGGGAUACAUUACUUGAUAUAGAAUUAGUACUAGUACUGGUGUCGUUAGAGUAGAGUUUUGUGUAUUCUUCAAUCCAUUCUUAGACAAUGUUGUUA